AUGCUGACAAGACACCAUUUGGAUCAGUUCCAUUAAAUUCUCCAAAAACAUAUUCUUUGGGGAGACAAACAGCCCUAAUCUGAAAGGACACGACUACCACCAACCAAAAAUCACAGAAGAUCACAAGCCUUCCUCACCACCAAGCUUAGGGGUACUGUGUGGUCUGCAAGCAGAGAUCCUGGUGGAGGAAAAUAUCAGCGGUAAGACCAGUGCCUCUGGAUUCAGAGAAAAAAACACACACUAAUUCCCAGGCAGAUAAUGAGGAUAUCGGCACACUUUUUCAACACUACCCUACUAUUAAAGUGGCGGACAUGAAAGGGCGGGAGGCCUACUCCACCAGACUGAGCAAAUCUGCUCCUCCAGUGGCCAGGGCAGCGACAACCCCUGCCACAAAGCAGGUUAUUCAAAACCUACUCAUGGAUAUCCAGAAAUUGUUCCAGGAGGACCUGGGAUUAAUAAAAGAAGAUAUGCAGGUGGCGAAAGGCAGGCUGAAGGCCACAGAGGACAACAUCAUGUACCUACACCAGGGCAAGUGCUCAGUCAAAGAGGACCAUACAGCAAUUACACUCUACACAGAUAAUGUUUCAAGUAGACAUGUUGGGGGAAUGCAGUAGAAGUCAGAACAUCAAACUUAGGGGUAUUCCAGAUGCUGUUGAUACAGAAGAGCUUCUGCAGUACAUAAGGGGCCUCAUAGCUACCAAUCUAGCCCAAAACAUUGUUCUGGAUGGGGUAUAUUGCAUCAGUAAAUCCUCAGAAGUAUCUACCACAGUGGCUCUAGAUGUCAUACUCUGAUGUCAAACAUUUCAUGACAAGCGACAAAUUAUGAUGCCAGUUCAGGGUUAGACGCGACAUGUCUUUGAAGACAGUGACCUCCCCUUCUGUCAUGACCUACCAAAUUUGACUGUUUAAUAGAGAAGAUCCCUAGGGUAUAGACCAAGCGGGUAUAGUCUAUUACUGGAGAGCUCCCCAGUCUUUAUCAGCGACCAAGGAUGGGACUGUUCAAUCCAUCAUUUCUCCUGAGGAGGCACAGGCCUUUUUCGCACCUUCUAAAGUGUGGGCUGCAACAAAUUUAUGGGACUUGGGCAGAGUCAUAUAAUUUGUUCCACAUUCAGGUAAAG